AUGAGCCGGCGAGAUGCCGUCCUCAAGUCUUCCGCCGCCGCAUUGGCAUCUGCCAGUUGGUUCCUUCCGACCACCGGGUCUUCCGCCGCUACCACCGAUAAGAAUUCAAUUCCCACAUGGACGUUGCGAGGCGGAGUCAAGAUGCCCGUGUUGGCGCUCAACACGGUGGGUCUCUCCGCAGAAGAUACCACCCGCGCUGUGGGGUUUGCACUUAAAGAAGGAAUCACCCAUGUGGACUUUCAUCCGGGUAAGGAACGCGAUGGGGUGGCCCAGUAUCUUGCCGAACAUAGUGCUGCCAGAUCAGAACUCUUUUUGAAUACCAAAAUUCGCAAACCUCCUCCGGGAACGUCCCCGGAAGACGCCGCCGAACGAGCACGUACUCAAAUCGCCGAGGACUUGACUGCCCUCGGCUUGUCCAGUGUCGACAUGCUCAUGCUACGGGACAGUCCCGACGCGGCCGUGUUACAGGCCCAGUGGGCCGUCAUGGAAGAAGCAUUGGCGAAUGGGCAAACGCGAUCCGUGGGUGUCAUCAACUAUUGUCCAUUUUCACUCAAUGCCAUUCUCGAAACGGCGCGCGUCAAACCGGCAUUGAACUAUCACCUGUUGCAUGUCGGCAUGGGGACGGAUCCCAGAGGGUUGGUCCGUUUUUGCAAUUCGCGGGGGAUUCGGACGUUUGCCUACGGCGCCGUCGGGGAACCGGGGCCCAAUGACGAACUGCUGAACUCGUCCACUCUACGGCGAAUCGCCGAGAAUCAUCACGUUUCUCCAGAAGCAGCCGCACUUCGAUGGGUCCUGCAAACUGGAGCCGCGUGUAGCGUCCGGCCAACACUCAACUUUGGAUUGGGCACGAGCCAGUGCACCGAGGAGAAUGGAUGUGAUGCGGGACUUCAGGCUAGGGCUGCCAGCUUUUCCUGGAAGCUUUCCGCAAAGGAAAUGGCAGAACUGAGUGCUUUGAAGAGCCCCAACGACAAUCCGACCUUAUUUUCUUCGGCUGGCUGUCCGGAUGCCUUUGUCAUGCCCAAGUAG